AUGACUAUAAUGUCUUCUCAAGAACGAUCAAUAUCACCAAUAUUAUUAGAAGACGAAGUCUCUUGGACAUCCCAAGAAAGCACUGUUUAUAGUCCUGUUUCAAAUAAUAAAAUUGAUAAUGAACCGGAUAAUGAAAUUAAUGAUGAAGCCAAUAAUGAACAUUUACAUACUACAGAAAUUUUAAAACACGAUCGAAAAAAAAGACGAGUGAUCCAAACAACUAAACCAUCAGCUUUCUCUACACCUAUCCAAAUAAAUAGUUCAAGAACUAAUGCUA